UUGGAUGGAAUGGGGAAAACCAGAAACUAGCACUGUGCUUUGAAUUGAAUUUGAAGUUUUUGGAAAGAUAGCCGCUAGUCGGAGCAAUCUGUAGAGAGCGGAGUGAAAUGAAACGCGAUGUCCGGAUACUGUUGUUGGGGGAACCCAAAGUGGGAAAGACCUCUCUCAUCAUGUCUCUGGUCGGAGAGGAGUUUCCCGAGCGGGUUCCUCUGCGGGCGGAGGAGAUCACCAUACCAGCCGACGUCACGCCAGAGAAAGUGCCUACACAUAUAGUCGACUAUUCAGAAAGCGAACAGUCUGAUGAAGUGUUGAGGGAGGAAAUCGUAAAGGCCAAUGUUGUGUGUGUGGUUUAUGAUGUCACACAAGAGGAAACCAUUGACAAGAUCAGGACUAAAUGGAUUCCUCUGGUGAACGGUGGAGCUGAAAAAGGAAGCAAGAUUCCCAUCAUCCUCGUGGGCAACAAGUCUGACCUGCGCUCUGGCAGCUCCAUGGAAAGCAUCCUGCCAAUCAUGAACCAGUUUUCAGAGAUUGAGACCUGUGUAGAGUGCUCCGCUAAGAAUCUGAAGAAUAUUUCAGAGCUCUUUUAUUACGCCCAGAAGGCCGUUCUUCACCCGACUGCUCCGCUCUACGACCCUGAAGACAAACAGCUGAAACUGCUGUGUGUUCGAGCUCUGAGUCGGAUCUUCAGCAUCUCUGAUCAGGAUAAUGAUCACAUCCUCAGUGACGACGAACUCAACUGCUUUCAGAAACUGUGUUUCGGGAACCCACUGGCUCCUCAGGCUCUAGAGGACCUGAAGACCGUCGUGUGGAAGAACACCAGUGAUGGAGUCCAGGACAACGCACUCACUCUCAACGGUUUCUUGUUUUUAAACACUCUCUUUAUCCAGAGGGGACGUCAUGAGACCACCUGGACCAUCCUGCGUAAAUUCGGCUACGAUGACACGCUCGAGUUGACCGAUGACUACCUCUACCCACUAUUACGAGUAUCUGUGGGUUGCACGACGGAGCUGAAUCAUCUGGGUCAUCAGUUCCUCCAGAAGCUGUUUGAUAAGUACGACGAGGAUAAGGAUUCAGCGCUCUCUCCCGCAGAGCUGAAGAAUCUGUUUAGCAUUUUACCCUACAUGCCCUGGGGCCCAGAGGUGUACAGUAACGUCCCCUUAUCAGACAACAACUACAUCUCACAGCACGGGUUCUUCUGCCAGUGGAUGUUGUCUGCUUAUUUGGACGUCCACCGGUGUUUGGAGCAUUUUGGUUACCUCGGCUAUCCAAUUCUAAUGGAGCAAGAGUCCCAGACCUCCGCUAUCACAGUAACAAGAGAAAAGGCCUUAGACCUUGAGAAGAGACAAACCCAGCGCACUGUGUUCCUCUGCAAAGUGAUCGGUCCACAUGGAACGGGAAAGACUGACUUCCUCCAAGCUUUUCUGCAGCGAAGCACUGAGAGAAACGAGCGUGACCCCGGUCCUCCCUCAGUAUACGCCAUCAACACCGUCUCAGUAGCCAAUCAGGACAAGUACCUCAUCCUGGAGGAGGUGGAUGUGGAAACAGAGUUUCUAAAAGCAGCAGACGCAGCGUGUGAUGUGGCGUGUCUCAUGUAUGAUGUCAGCGACCCGGACUCGUUUAACUACUGCGCUAGCAUUUAUAAGCAGCACUACAUGGACAGUGGCAUCCUGUGUGUGGUUGUGGGCUCCAAAGCUGAUCUGAUAGAAGUCAAACAGCAUCAUGGGAUGAGCCCGUCUGAGUUUUGUUACAAACAUCGGCUGCCUCCACCUCUCCGUUUCUCCACGCUGCUCACACACACUCACACACACAUUUACAGCAAGCUCACCUGGGCUGCCAUGUACCCGCACCUGAACGGAUCAGACAUGAGCAGCACGUCUUUCUGGCUGCGUGUGACUCUGGGCGCCACAAUAGCCGCCAUGCUAGGCUUUGCUCUGUACAGAGCUGUUAGCCGACACAAAUGAUGAAAAAACUGAUCGUUCUCACACAAUAUAUGCAGAGAAACACACACUCCCUCAUAUAUUGCGCUCUGUCUUGGCCUUACUGUGACAACAACACAAUGAAACAAAGGUUUGUGUUUUUUCAGCUGGACUAAAAUAUUGUACACAUACUUUGCUUUUAUUACAAAAAGUUCUCGAUCUUACUGUUUGACUGACACCGGUCGGCCCCAAGAGACGUUUUUUCAUCUUGUUUUGAGAGGAACGAUAUCAAGAUAUGAUUGAAAAGGUUAUGUGUUGAAUUGUACAGGGUUUGUAAUGUAUUUAAUAGCUUGGCAAAUCAAUAUGGAUCAUGAAAAUAUUCCAUGGGAAUUCGUAUUGUGUUUCUGAAGUGUUGUUUCAAACAAAUCUCAAUGUUGGGGUCAGUUAUUCAGUUCAGGAAAUGCACUUAAUUCAUAAUUCACCCUCUCAUAAUGUUUGAGAAGCUGAAGGAGGUUCUGGGUUAAGUAGAGAUUUAGCAUCAUCAGUGUCUCACCAAUGGAUCCUCUGCAGUGAAUGGGUGCCGUCGGAAUGAGAGUCCAAACAGCUGAUAAAAGAAUCACAAUAAUCCACAGCACUCCAGUCCAUCAAAUAACAUAUGAUUGUUUAAACAUCACCUCUGGCUAAAAUAUGAGUCAAUAAUUCAUAAUAACACAAAAGUCAAAAUGUCAAUUGGCUUGUAAACGAUGCUUGAUCUGUGCAGAUUUCACCCCUGAUUCAGACCAGAUUACUUUUUUUUUUUUUAUUGAAGCAAUAUUAUGGAAAGAGGACUCCUAUUUUAGCUGAAAAAAGUGGUUUGAAAGAUUAGUUUAUUAUAGAUAUACAGCUAGUGGAUUACUUGCAUCACUUGUGGAUUAUUGUGAUGUUUUUAUCAGAUGUUUGGACUCUCAUUCUGACGGCACCCAUUCACUGCAAAGCAUGCGUUGGUGAGCCACUGAUGCAAUGCUACAUUUCUCUAAAUCUAGUUUCUGAUAAGAAAGUUAUCCAUAUGUGGCAUGAGGCUAAGUACAUUUUCAGCAUUUUGGGUGAACUAUUCCUUUAAACUUUAUUUAAAUGCUACAGAUGUGAGCAGAGAAUAAGCUUUUAAGCUUUUAAUUUACAGAUUUUUAAAGUUGUAUUUAACUAAUCUAAGUGUAAUUUUCUAAACUGGCCGAAUUAAAGGGAAAUAAUCAUCAGUCCCCAUUCGUUUCCAUUUCAUAUUCCUCGGAUAUAUGGACCAUGACUGACAAAUGUGGGGAUGUAGUAUUUUUUUAAGACAGCCGAGGCGAAAUCCAAUGAUGAUUUUGAGAAUAUAAACUGGGCUGAAAAACCUUGCUUUUCUGUUUGCCAUUGUAGGGGUGGAUGAUUUCUUAUUAUGUAAAAAAUUGCAGUAUGGAUGCAUGGUGUUAAUAAGUUGAAGAUAUUUUAGGAAGAUUGAAUGCUCUGAUCCUUUGUAGAACAAAAACCCGAUAACCAGUGUGAAUGCAGUUACUUCAACCAUUAUAAUGGAUGGAAAUGGUGAGGAUGUCCAAACUGGAUUUAUCUUGAAACCAUUGUUACCAUUUAUUUGGGUCUCAUUCAGCCUAAAAACAGUCUCCCAGCAACUCAAAAGCCAGAUUGGGUCAGCUGAAGGUCCUUCUGUGAAUUUGCAUGUGAAGUUAUUUCUUCAAAUAAAGAACUGUGGCAGUCCUGCUUUAUUGGUUUAAUUCUACUAGUUUAAAUAUUUAGUUCAGUAUUAUUAACUUAACCUAAAAAUCCGCCAGACUUGUGUCUCAUCGGCAUUGGUCUUUCAGCUUCGACAUCAGAUGAGAUGCUUGGAAUGAAGCCAGUAUGUUCUAAUAGAAAUAAUUUGCAAUAAACGAUUUUUAUUUA